AAUUUUCAGAUAUUAAUGUAUCAAUAUCUGUCAGUACUUUUGCAGGUCAAGGCCCAUUUAGUGAAGUUUCUGUAAUUCAUAUUGUUACUGGAGUUGCCAGUGCUCCACAUAACUUCACUGCUAUAGCAACAAGCAGUCGUUCAGCAUUACUGAAAUGGGAACACCCAAAGUCACCAAAUGGAAAGAUACUUCACUAUCAGCUUUACUACAAGCAAUACCAAGCUAUGUAUCAAAUUCUUAAAAUAACAACUAAAAAUCAAACCUAUCAUAUUCAAAAUCUGGAUGAAAGCAAAGACUAUUACUUUAUUAUGAAUGCUAUAAAUUAUGCUGGAAAAGGAGAGAACUCAACAGAGAUUCGUGUUUCAUUGCGUAUGUACCAUGGAUCUCCUCUUCCAGCUACAAAUCAAAAUGCAUUAGCAAUAGCUCUUCCUGUUACUUUCACUUGCUUAGUUAUUCUGGGCCUCAUAGCCCUUGUUGCUGUUAUUAUAGUGCUUCGUGCAAAGAUUAGAGGAACAAAAUCUAUUAUCUUUAGCAUUCAAAGGGAUGAAGAGAAUUAUAAAGAAAGUGAAGAUGAAGAAAGAAAAGAGAAACGGAAUGGUUUGUUUGAAGAGGAACUAGAACUUGAGGAAAUUUCAAAAAAUCAUGAGGAAAGUGAAGAUAUAAUUAAAAAUGGGAAGCUGGAAUUUUUUGUUGAAGAAAAAGUUGAACUUGAAGAAACUUCAGAGAGCUAUGAGAAAAAUGAAGAUGAAGAAAAAAAGGUUGACCAGAAAGGUUUGUUUGAAGAGGAACUUGAACUUGAGGAAAUGUCAGAGAAUAAAAAGAAAAGUGAAGAUGAAGGAAGUAAUGAGAAACUGGAAGUUUCUGUUGAAGAAAAAGUUGAAUUUGAGGAAACUUUAGAAAAUCAUGAUAAAAGUGAGGAUGAAGAAAAAGAAAGGAAACAGAAAGGUUUUGUUGAAGAGAAAGUCGAAAUGUAUGAGGAAAUUUCAAUGCGUAAUAAGUGAACAUUUUACUGAUUUUUGCUGCUAAC